CGGAGGCGAACGGUUGUGAUUGCCUGCUAGAGAAUUUGGUCGCGGACGGUCGGGGUCGUUGCUCAUUCGCCGCGUUGGCGAAUAAAAGUAAUUUAGUGUUCAGUUGUUGAUUAUAUUGGGCAUGAGCUGCUUCGAACUCGGCGCGAUCCAACAAGUGUUUUCUCUUCAUAUUUCACAGCUAGAGUGUUUGAAUAAGAAAACUAAUUAAUGCAACAAUUUAUGGUCGGCGUUAACGGGAACUUCAAAAGCGGAAACUAAAAUUGUUUGCAUGUGCUUUAAUAUUGUUUUCCCAACAUCAUAGGCGAUAAGUUCUAAUUAUAAAUAAAUUCAUAUGGCAAGUGUUUGCACUUGAAAGUUCAUUAGUGUCGCCGCCAAUUAAAACAUUAUCACAACAAAUAAAGUAUUACAAAUUAUUUGGAGAAGAUAAAGAAAGUAAUAAAGGAAAUAUUGGCUUAAAUAUUUGUGAAGUGUGUGUUUAUUUCAAGUGAAAUUCAUUUACUGAAUUUAAUUGUAAAUUAAAAGUGUUCAACAAUUGGGUGUUAAAUUAAAACUACCUGCUUGGCGUAGGGGUUUCUGUUCUCAUGAUUAUAGAGGCUCUCAUCUCAACUGUUUUGAUUGUGUGAUCCAUAUGAACCUCAGACAGCAAAAUAGGGCCACCCACCCUGCUGCCCUGACGAAUAUAUUUACAUUGUAGUGUGGCCUGCAUGGAACGCCUGCGGCUGCCGUCUAAUGCCAUUAAAUGUAAUCAAGGAACAAAGAAGCAAAAGUGUCACAGCCACAAUUUGCAAAAAGGAUUUCUUCCUACAGCAGCAACAAUAAAGUAAGAAUUGCAACAAAAUAACACAAUUCACGUCCACAGGCACUCAACCAACAAAUAUAAUGAUAUCAAACACAGUUGCCACAGUACAAUGAGGCGCGCCUCUAAGCACAAUUCCAGAGUGCAAAUGUCGAAUGCCAGCUGGAGUCGCCGCCGACGGUUCUUCAACUUCUUUCUACAAUUGCGUAUAUAUCCAUUAUUUCGAUUAUUGCCGGUGUUGUGGCUGCUAUUAUGCUAUUGUUGCUGUUGCUGUUGUGCCGAAAACAGGCGGAAUGCCGCGGAGCAUAGUGUUAAGUUGAGCAACUGCUACGACAUUCGAUAUGGCUUUGAUGGGGUGCUAACGGGCAGUGUGCCAAAGCUCCUAUAUCCUGCAGCCAAUAGCUCUAAUAGAGGCAACAGUAGUACCAUUACCAAUGCAAACAUGAGCACCACGGUGAGUGAUCUGUGGACGCAACACCAACUGCAGUUACAAAACGGUUCAGAUGUAGAUGCACUGGGCUUCCGACCAGGACCGGCGAUACACACAGGUUGGCAAUGUUGCUGCUGGAAUGCGACAAAUCAUGAUGAAAUUGAGUGCCAUUGUGAGGGAGAGGCGUUAAUGCGCGUACCACAAACUCUUGCAGUGCCGAUGCAAAGGCUUAGCAUCUCGUCGGCAGGGCUGCCGCGAGUACGCACGACCGGCCUGAAGAAGUAUGCAAGUUCGUUGCAGGAUUUUGUUCUAACAGACUUGCAGCACAUGGAGUGCAUUGAGGAUGGCGCUUUCGACGGCCUCAAAUUGUUACGGACCAUCUACAUUUCGAAUGCGCCGAAGUUGAGGUUCCUGUCACGUGAUGUUUUCGCUGGCAUUUCAGAAACUAUCAAAACAAUGUAA